AUGAGUUUUGCUGGCAAAGUUGUGCUCGUGACCAACAGCUCCAGCAUUGGUACCAGCAUAGCUGUCGCAUUCGCCAAAGAAGGAGCAUUCGUGGCAUUAGUUGGAGAGAAUGAAACGAAAUUGAGUAACGUGUUAAAGCAGUGCGAGAAAUACGGUAGCAAGUGUCUCCAACUCAAAAGUGACAUCACGCGUCGUGAAGACGCCGUGAAUCUCGUCCAGAGAACCGUGGACGUAUUCGGGAGGUUGGACGUGUUAGUGAACAACGCAGCUAUUUGUAAAUCUGGCGGUAUAUUCGACGCCAAUUUCAUGGAGGCGUACGACGAGACGAUCGAUAUGAAUCUGCGAGCUGUAGUGCACAUAACAAACUUGGCAGCACCGUAUCUGGUCAGGAGUAGAGGCAGCAUUGUAAACAUAUCCAGUGUUGCGCCGGUUUCGGCAAAGCAUUCGUCGAUUGCCCUUUCCUACUUUGUAUCAAAAGCAGCGCUCGAACACUUCACGCGCGCUGUUGCAACGGAGCUGGCAGAGUACGGAGUGCGUGCGAACAUAAUCAGUACAGGGCCGGUGAGGACCGAUUUCUGCGAAUACAAUAUCACGGCGCCGAUCGAUCCCUUUGAGGCGACGGCUCAUAACAGACUAUGCGAAGCUGACGAAAUAGCUGAACUUGCUCUGUACCUUUCCAGCGAUAAGGCCAAAUGUAUCACAGGUUCCAAUUAUGUUUGCGACAACGGCUUUCUUUUGAAAAAC